AUGCAAUUGGACGGGAUCCCGAUUCCAACCCACUCUCUCUGCUGUCAAUCCCCCGCGUCGGUCACUCGAUAGAAUCCACUUGCCCGAUCAUCGUCACUUGCCCUCGAACUUGUCCAUCAUCAUAUCAUUAUUUCCCGCGUGCCCGCUUCCUUUUUGUCUCUUCGUCCACACCGUACUCUUUCUCUACUUCGUCUGUAUAGAUUGCCCAGCGUCCAUAGAAAUCCUUUACAAUGGAAACCCAAGCACAGUCUCGCCCUCACGCUGGAGGUGAUAUCACCCCUCAGCAACGAUUCUUCCACUACUUCCAACAAGAAAUCACAGCCCUCCAGGAGCAAAUGGACCGUAUCGAAGAGAAGUCCGUCAUCGGCGGGGAACGUGCAGAUGCGGCGGACCACUGCCUGGCCGGCAUCACGCGACUGUCCAACGAGGUCAAGGAUGCCUCCGGAUACCUACCAGCCUAUGACCAGAGAACAUAUGCCGAGGCCAUCAAAGCCCUGCAGGAGAAGCUCGACGAGAUCCGAAAAGCUUUUGCUCCCAAGCCCAAGUUCUCCUUCAAGUCCAAGAGUCCCUCGGCCCUUUCUUUAAGCGAUGCCGCAGAGAUAGCCGCAGAACGGCGUCGCGGUGUCCCCGGGGGACUACGUUCUGCCAACUCUUCCUAUGCCAAUACCCCAGCGUCGACCAACACUCCUGCGAACGAGAGAGCCGAUGCCGACGGCGACGCCAUAGACGGGCAAUCAUCGACCCUCGAAGACAAGGGACCAGGUAUCGCCGCCAAACGGCCCACGGAAGACGGUGCGGAAAAGUCUGGGACAGAGUCGACCCAGGAAAAGAAUCGGCCAACCUUCUCUUCAUCAGCGACCUCCAUCGCCAUCACCGACCAGUCCAACGCGCACAUAAUCCUUCCUUCGUCAAGUCACCACUCCCAGGCUCCUUGCACACUACAAAAGAUCACUGGUAGUAUCAUUGAUCUUUCCGUGCCGACGACAGCCACGGCUCCUUUUGCCAGUCUGACCAUCAACUCCGUCAACACAUCGCUACUGCUAUGCGGGUCUGUUUCCGGCCCCGCUCACAUUACGAAAGUGAGGAACAGCGUGCUAGUGAUUAAGUGUCGCCAGUUCCGCAUGCACGAAUGUGAAAAUGUCGACGUCUAUCUCUACUGUACCAGCAGACCUAUCAUAGAAGAUUGCAAGAACAUCCGCUUUGCCGAACUGCCCAAGUUUCAUUCCGAUCUCAUUUCUUCCGCCCAAGAAGGCAAAGCGAAUACAGGGGCGCCAGAUCCAGCUCCUAACCAAUGGAAUCAAGUUGACGAUUUCAAAUGGCUCAAGCCCGAGCCCAGCCCAAACUGGUCGAUUCUGCCCGCUGAAGACGCUGUUCCCGACGAGACGUGGCGCGAAGUCGUGCCGGGCGGGCCGGGAUGGAGCGUCAAAGAUAUCCUCAAAGCUGUAGGCUUGACCGGCGGCAGUGUCGGUGGGAGUCCUCGAAAAUAGGCCACUGCAAUGUGGCAGAACUGUCUUUCUCUUCAUGCACGCCAGUCUGUAGAAGGUUCCUGGCACAUGCAAUCUGAAGCAGCGGUUGUUUUCUUUCCCCUUUUCCCCUGACUGACUUUGGGCGUUUUUGGUUCGGUCCGGUCUGGUCUGAUUUGUUCUAGGCGGUAUUGAACUCUUUGUUUACUGCAUGGGCAUGCUUUGGAAUGCGGUUGAGUUGCAAUUGCAAGUUCCCUAAUCACCUUGUCUGGUCGCCGCGGUCGAUGGGAGGGUUUUCGUACAUGCUGCGUUCAUGGAUCACAAAUGUGGAUAGCACACGCGAAUCAUAAAAUAGCGAGAGCAGAGCAAGAGCAACAGAGAAAAGAAUACCAAGAAUACAAAAGACAACUUAAGAUGAACAUACCACUGCAUGA